CUUUUGGCCAUUUGAUAAAGCUUCUGCUGCACACAGGACCUGUCUCUCUUCCUUAUCCUAGCAUUCAAACCAAAUAUUGCUGCCUGAGACCUACAGCCUGUCUCAACACACCACCUUCAGCUGCCUGGGCCAUGGCUCCAUUGUUCAACGUGAUGCUGGCCGUCUCAACCAUUUUCAUUGGAUCAUGUUUCUCAGAGCCUCCUUCCAAAGUGCGGCUAGUGGGAGGUGCCCACCGCUGCGAAGGGCGAGUGGAAGUGGCAUACAAAGGCCAGUGGGGAACUGUGUGUGAUGACGGCUGGGACCUGAAUGAUGUGGCUGUGGUGUGUCGGGAGCUCAGUUGUGGAGCAGCCAACGGAACCCUGAGUGGUACAGUAUAUCAGCCACCAGCAUCAGAAGAGCAAAGAGUUGUUAUUCAAGGGGUCGAAUGCAGUGGAAUGGAAGACACAUUGGCUCAAUGUAAACUAGAUGACGAUGUUUUUGAUUGCUCACAUGCAGAAGAUGCUGGAGCACAAUGUGAGAACCCUGACAGUGACCUGCUUUUCAUGUUAGACAAUGUGCGGUUGGUAGAUGGCCCUGGGCGCUGCAAGGGUCGAGUGGAGGUGCUCCACCAGGCCCAGUGGAGCACUGUAUGUAAAGCAGGCUGGAACUUACAGGCUUCAAAGGUGGUAUGCAGGCAGCUGGGAUGCGGGCGGGCGCUACUGGCCCACAGAUGCUGCAACAAGAGUACUCAGGGCAAAGGACCCAUCUGGAUGAGCAAGAUGUCAUGUUCUGGACAUGAAGAAAACCUUAAGGACUGCCCUGUUAGUCAUUUGGAGAACAACUGUACCCAUGGCGACGACACAUGGAUGGAAUGCGAAGAUCCCUUUGAGCUGAGGCUGAUGGGAGGAAUCACGCCCUGCUCUGGGAGGCUGGAGGUGCUGCACAAGGGUUCCUGGGGCACUGUCUGUGACGACAGCUGGGGAGAAAAGGAGGACCAAGUGGUCUGCAAGCAACUGGGCUGUGGGAAGGCCCUCUUUCCAUCCCGAAGAGCCCGCAAAAGCUACGGGCCUGGGGCAGGCCGCAUCUGGCUGGAUGAUGUCCGUUGCUCGGGGAAGGAACAGUCUCUGGAGUUGUGCUGGCACAGGCAGUGGGGGUACCACGACUGUACCCACAAGGAAGAUGUGGGGGUGAUCUGCUUAGAUAGUACCCUGGACCUUGAUGCAUAAGCUGGAUCCCUGCUUGUUCAGUUGAGCCCUGAUUCUCCCAGUGGUUACACCUGGCUGUGGGCUUUAGCCUCCUCUCCCUCAGCCUCUCAGGAGUCUGACGUUGUGCUCAUGUCUUCACCUCAGGCUUACAAGCCCCCAUAAUCACCUCAAGUUAUGAACUGCUGAGCUCUCUUGCUGAUGACAUUUCCAGGUGCCCUAUGCUCACUGUUCACUCCUUGGUGACGGUAUCCGACUUGACUGCCUCUCUCUAGCCUGCCUGCAACUCUUGGGCCUGCCAGAGUGACCAGCUGUACAGGCCAUGACUAAGGCACAGCCCAUCUGUGAACAACACUGAGGAUGUAACAACAUGAGGAACACUUGAGAGGGAAUGUGCGUAGACAGUAUUUUGGUGGUGGGGGAGAAAAUACAAUUGUUUAGAUGCUGUUUAAACUUUGUAACAAGUGAAUUAAUCAUAACAGUUAACACUUCGCUACUCUGCCUUCUCCCAGAGAAAGUAGCAGGGUAGUGUCCUGCAGCUCUCAAAUGUUACCUGUUGAGUUCUGGAUGUCUACCCAAAACCUCCAUGUUUAAAGUUUGGUGUCUAAUGAAACAGUAUUCUGAGGUGGGGCCUUAGGGAUCUAAGUGCAUGAUGUGGUUUGAUCCCUCAGCCUUUAUGAGUGGAUGAAUCACUGAUGAAUCUACUGGGGGAUGGUAGAAACUUCAGGAGUUCUGACUUAGCUAUAGGAAGGUUGUUGGAGUGUGCCUUUGGAAGGGGAUAUUUUAUCCACAGCUUGACCACCUCCCCAUGUAGAUGUGUAGAUGGGUUUCUUGCAUGUCUUAGAUACUAUGUGUGAAUUAUGUUACAAUAAACAUGAGUGUUCAGGUA